AUUGGAGACAUCAAAGGGGUCCCUCCCACCCUUAUUAGCUCAAUGGGACAAAAAGAACCCAUCCCCCUCUUCCUUCAUCAUUGUACUCGACCAAAGCACCAAGGAGAGGCAAGAGAGAGCUCUCAAACUAGCUUCCAUUGCUGCAGCACGAGCUCAAGGAAAAAGGGGUCCAAAGGAGAGGAUUAAAGAGGGAAAAAGUGGGGAAAAGUGUGAAUAAUUAAGGCACUUGUAAAGGGUAUUUCAAGUGAUUUCACAAAGUUGGAAAAAGUCGCCGGAGUUGUCGCCGGAGUUGACCAAGUCGCCGGAGUUUCACCGGAGUUCAACCAAGAAGGGUAGAACUUCUUAACGCUAGUUCAAGGUUGAAGCUAGAGCUUGCUACUUGCACCUUCUCACGGGUGAUAUCAAAUCAGGAAGACGUGAAAUGGAGGGCAGGCGAAUGAGGACCAGGAACAAUCCGAGGGGGCAGGCGCCGGUAGCAUCCCAAAGGGGAAGCCGGGCUGCAUCUCGGGGUUCAAGAGGAGGCCGUGGAGGCCGUGGGAGCCGUGGAGGUCAUCAAGCUCAAACUGUGAGCGAUGGCCAUGUAAGCUCGGUGUAUGAAACCAACACCGAGGACUAUGACUCAACCUAUGUUCCUGAAAUGGAGCAUGAGGAGACCCCAUAUGAUGGGGGUGACACAUACACCGAUGAUGAUGAUGAAGAGAGUGAUGCCAAGUUCGCCCAAAUGGGCGAAUUGCUUGAGUGGUAUCAAAAAGAAAAACUGAGGAGAGGCCUUAGGCGCCAAGCAAGGCGUGGCUCUCGCGGUGGUUCGCGUCAAGGAAGUCGGGGAGCUUCAAGGGCCACUCCCGCGGCGUCACAUGAUGGGCGUGAAGGAGGUUUUUGUGUGAGGAUCUCCAAGUACCUCAAGGAGGCUAGGGCCUUGGGGUGUAAGUCCUUUGACGGCACCGGUGACAUUACCGUUGCCGCCGAUUGGAUAAAGAAGGUGAAGGAUGCGGCAAAGGACAUGCAAAUUUCACCGGACGUGAAGUUGACUGUUGCUUCACGGCUGCUUGAGGGGAUAGCUUCCACGUGGUGGGAGAGUGUGGAAGGAAAAUACCAUGGGGAGGUCUCAUGGUUGAACUUUGAGCAGGAAUUUUAUGACCAAUACUACACUGACUAUGAGAAAAAUGUCAAGCGUAGGGAGUACACCAACCUCAAACAGAAGGAAGGUGUGUCUGUUAAACAGCUGGAGCAAGAUUUUAGAACCUUGGCUAGGUUCUUACCGGAGUACGCGAUCAAUGAGGACCGCAUGUCGGAGCACUUUUGGGAUGCCUUACUCUUGGACAUCCGUGAUCGGGCUACGUACUCACGCCACAUGACCUUUAGCGAGGUGGUGGAGCAGGGCCUUCUUGGGGAGGCUCAAUGGAAUGAGAGAAAAGAAAGAGACGCCGAGGAGGCGAAAAAGAGAAAAUGGCAUAAUUCGGGGCCGCCCGAGCAAGCACGGAAGAAUCACCACGGUGGGGGUGGGGGUACGUUCAAGGCGCCGGCACCACCGGCGAAGAAGAACAAGGAUGCUCGGUGGCACGCAUCCUCCUCUCAAAAUACGGGGCCUCCUAGGUGUGCCAACUGUUCAAAGAACCACUUCGGGAAGUGCAACGCACCCCCGAGGUGUUAUCGGUGUGGGAACACGGGCCACAUGAAGGCCAAUUGCCCACAAUUGGGGGGAGGAGGGGCUCCGGGAUCCGGAGGAGGAACCAUGACGGGAAGAAACCGUGCGGGCCCGUCAAACGGCGGUACGGGAAGAGGCAACGCAUCCACAAGUCAUGCCGCGUCCGUAAACCAAGGCGGGACCCAAGCACGAGUCUACGCGAUGACCGAGGCGGAUGCGAGAGCAAACCCGGACUCCGUUGCAGGUAAUACGCGUAUUCCCAUGUAAUUCUAGGCUUACUUUGAUCAUAUACGUCGUUGGGAUUGAGUGUGGGCCACCCCGGGGUCGAACCGGGUGAGUUAGGCCGAAUCUGGCUGGAAACAGCCACUGCCGGCCAGGCACGCCCUCAGGCACGCCGUGCCUGGAAUCGUGCCUGGAAGGCAGUGGCACCCGAAGAGAAAGAAGGAAAAAAAAAAAAAAUUUGGGCCAGGCACGGCCGCAGGCACGCCGUGCCUGGCGUCGUGCCUGGGAGGCAGUGGCGAUCCGCGUUUUUCCAGCCCAGACACGAUCGUGCCUAAGGCACGCACGAUCGUGUCUACGGGUCAGUGGCGAUCCGCGUUUUUCCAGCCCAGACACGAUCGUGCCUAAGGCACGCACGAUCGUGUCUGCAGUGCAGUAGCUCCCUGGCUUCCUCCCGAGCCAGGCACGAUCGUGCCUACCCCAGGCACGCCGUGCCUGGCACCCAGAAUGCCAAAAGCCGGGUUUUUAGCACCUUUUCGCGACGUUAAGACCUUUUCUUGAUCAGUAAGGUGGGUGUGAACAUUGUAACCUUCUGUAAAUGAGUAAGGAGAGUAGGAAAGAUGUCUUACAUGGUUCAUGAAUGUAGGGACAUUAAAGAUCAAUGGUAGGUGUGCGAGGAUCCUCAUCGAUACCGGGGCACAACGCUCAUUUGUGAGUGAGGCGUUCGCCGGGGGCCUUGACGUGCCAUUGACACCUAUGACGCAAACGUUGCUAGUCUCCACACCGUUAGGGGACGAUGUGGAGAGAAAUCAUUACUAUCCAUCAUGUGAGGUGGAAGUGACGGGCCAACUUUUGACUUGUGAUUUCGUACCUCUAAGCAUGUUGGAGUUCGAUGCAAUCCUAGGAAUGGAUUGGCUUGAGAAGCACCAUGCUCGAGUAGAUUGCUACACCAAGGUGUUGGAGCUCGAGGAUGAGCAAGGAAACAUGCUAUGUUUUGAAGGAGAUCGGGGGAAAUCUAAUGCUUGUAUCAUAUCCGUGAUGAGAGCACGAAAGAUGAUGAGGAAGGGAUGCCACGCAUACCUUGCUUACGUGGUAGAUGAUACGAAGAAAGAAGUCGACGUCAAGGAUGUUCGAGUCGUGUGCAAGUACCCAGACGUCUUUCCCAAGGACCUACCGGGGCUUCCACCCGAUAGAGAGAUUGAAUUUGUAAUCGAAGUGGAGCCGGGAACCAAACCCAUUUCGAUUCCUCCUUAUCGAAUGGCACCGGCCGAACUCCAAGAGUUGAAGGUCCAACUACAAGAAUUACUGGACAACGGGUUCAUCAGACCCAGUCAUUCACCGUGGGGGGCACCCGUACUCUUCGUGAAGAAGAAGGAUGGUACACUAAGAAUGUGUAUUGACUACCGACAAUUGAACAAGGUCACAAUCAAGAACAGGUAUCCCUUACCGAGGAUUGAUGACUUGUUUGACCAACUUCGGGGGGCAAUAGUGUUCUCGAAGAUUGAUUUGAGGUCGGGGUAUCAUCAGUUGAAGAUCAAGGAGAGCGACAUACCUAAGAGUGCAUUCCGCACUAGGUAUGGUCAUUACGAGUUCCUUGUAAUGUCAUUUGGUUUAACCAACGCACCGGCGGCAUUCAUGGACUUGAUGAACCGGGUGUUUAGUGAAUACUUAGAUCAAUUUGUGAUAGUAUUCAUUGAUGAUAUCUUGAUAUACUCCAAGAGUGAGGAGGAGCACGAGCAUCAUUUGGGGCUUAUACUUGAUCGGCUAAGGGAAAAGCAACUCUUUGCCAAGUUCUCUAAAUGCGAAUUUUGGCUCAAGGAGAUUGGCUUUCUCGGUCACGUCAUAUCCGGUUCGGGCGUAGCUGUGGAUAACGCAAAGAUAAAAGCUAUCAUGGAUUGGGAGAGACCCAAGAAUGUGAAAGAGAUACGUAGUUUCCUUGGCUUAGCGGGAUACUAUCGUAAAUUUGUUGAAAAAUUCUCCGUAUUGGCGUCUCCAUUAACGAAGCUCACAAAGAAAGGGGCCAAGUUCAUAUGGGACGACAAGUGUGAGAAAGGGUUCCUUGAACUGAAGAAACGACUUACCGAAGCACCAGUCCUUGCCCUACCCAUACAGGGGAUAGGGUAUGACAUUUACAGCGAUGCUAGCAUCCAAGGGCUUGGAUGUGUACUAAUGCAAAACGGUAAGGUGAUUGCCUAUGCUUCUAGGCAAUUGAGAAAACACGAGGUGAAUUACCCUACUCACGACCUAGAGUUGGGGGCGGUAGUGUUUGCAUUGAAGAUUUGGAGGCAUUAUCUCUACGGGGAAACGUGUCACAUUUAUACCGAUCAUAAGAGCUUGAAGUAUGUAUUCACUCAAAAAGAGUUGAAUAUGAGACAAAGGAGAUGGAUGGAGUUGAUCAAGGACUAUGACUUGAUCGUCGACUAUCAUCCCGGAAAGGCCAACGUAGUGGCCGACGCACUGAGCAGGAAGAGUACGGCGGGGACGUUACUUACUUGUCUGCAGGCAUUGAGGGCACGCGUGGAGGUAUCCACGUGCGGGGCUCUCAUUGCUCAAUUUGAGGUUAGGCCCACCCUAUUGGGUGAGAUUAGUCGAAGUCAGGCCAUUGAUGAAGAAUGUCAGAAAAUCCGCGAAAGAAUCCUUGAAGGACCCGUUGAGAACUUCCGAGUACGUGAUGACGGUCUUUUAUUAUUUAAGGAUCGUGUGUGCAUACCAAAGAAUGAGGAGCUCCAGAAGUCUAUACUUGAGGAGGCUCAUUCUUCAGCUUAUGCUAUGCAUCCAGGAGGUACUAAGAUGUACCGAGAUUUGAAGGAAAGUUACUGGUGGUCAGGUAUGAAGAGGGACAUUGCAGAGUAUGUGAGUCGAUGCCUUACUUGCCAGCAAGUUAAGGCAGAACAUCAGCACCCGGCAGGGCUUUUGCAGCCACUCACCAUCCCAGAGUGGAAGUGGGAGCACGUGACCAUGGACUUCGUGGUGGGGCUACCACGAACAGUGAACAACUAUGAUGCAGUUUGGGUAGUGGUUGAUAGGCUCACCAAGAGUGCACACUUUUUGCCUAUCAACAUUACUUAUCCUCUUGAAAGAUUGGCCAAGCUCUACACGGAGGAGAUCGUGAGAUUACAUGGAGUCCCAAUAUCCAUUGUCUCGGAUAGGGAUCCACGAUUCACAUCCCGAUUUUGGCCAAAGUUUCAAGCAUCUUUGGGGACUAAACUGAAGUUUAGCACAGCUUUUCACCCACAGACGGAUGGACAGUCCGAGCGGGUGAUACAGAUUUUGGAAGACAUGCUUAGGGCAUGUGCUUUGGAGUUCCAGGGAAGUUGGGACAAGCAUUUGGCCCUAGUGGAGUUUGCCUAUAACAACAGUUAUCAGGCAAGUAUCGGCAUGCCUCCAUAUGAGGCAUUGUAUGGGAGGAAGUGCAGAACACCGUUGUGUUGGGACGAGGUUGGCGAGGCCAAACUCGAAGGGAUAGAGCUGGUUGAGAUCACCAAGGCCAAGGUGAGGAUCAUUCGGGAUAGACUGAAGGCCGCUCAGGACCGACAGAAGAGUUAUGCUGAUAAACGGAGGAGACCGUUGGAGUUCGAAGUCGGUGAUGAGGUCUUCCUAAGGAUUUCCCCUUGGAAGGGCAUCAUCCGAUUCGUAUCGAGGGGGAAGCUUAACCCCCGAUACAUAGGUCCGUUUGAGAUCCUUGAAAGGAUAGGGGCCGUGGCUUACCGUCUCAAGUUGACGCCUGAACUUGAGAAGAUACAUGACGUGUUUCAUGUAUCAAUGCUUAAGAAGUACAUACGAGACCCAUCUCAUGUUCUUGAGAAACCGCCGGUAGAGAUCCGUGAGGACUUGCAAUAUGCGGUGGAACCAGUGAAGAUUGUUGGUCAACAAGUGAAGAAGCUUAGGAAUAAGGAGAUUCCUAUGGUAAAGGUUCUGUGGAGGAGUGAUCGAGUCGAAGAAGAAACUUGGGAGACCGAGGUCUCAAUGAGGGAGCAAUACCCAUUUCUUUUCGAUUAGAUACUUGGAUUUCGGGGACGAAAUCCCAAAUAAGGGGGGGUGAACUUGUAACACCGUCCCCAAAUAUAUUUACUUUUAUGUAAAUAAUGUAUUGAACCUUAUUAAAGGAUUAAUGAAAUUACGAAGUUGUAAAUUUUUAUUAUUUCUUUCGCAUGAAUAGUAAAUUGCACGUGAGACCCACACCGGGAGCGGGGGGGCGGCCCGACAUCUCCGAGACUAUAUAUUUUAUUCAUCUUGGUCUAGAUAAUAAAUAUAUAGUGGUGGAUAUUUCAUCUGGGCCAUGGAAAGACCCGGAGUUGACCGAUUGGUCAAAUGAAGCCCAAAUUUCCGGUACUGGUAAAUUAACGGAUAACAGUCCGAAAAUGAAUUUCGAAGACUUCCAAAUUAAAUUUUUGGAAUAUAUAUUAAUUCAAAGGGGCGUUAUGAUUGAGAACACAUAAUAUAUUUUAUCUUUCCCGAUAAAAUAAAAUAUGAUUAAAACAGUCCGAAAAAUACAACUUUCGGGACCGAUUGUACACACCGGACACAAAGGGAUGACCUCCCACAUGAGUGGGGGCCACCCCACGUUUUUAUAUGCUCAAAUUGACUAGAUGAGAGCUGGUAGUACACUUGAUGGGAGGGUGAGACAAUUGGAGACAUCAAAGGGGUCCCUCCCACCCUUAUUAGCUCAAUGGGACAAAAAGAACCCAUCCCCCUCUUCCUUCAUCAUUGUACUCGACCAAAGCACCAAGGAGAGGCAAGAGAGAGCUCUCAAACUAGCUUCCAUUGCUGCAGCACGAGCUCAAGGAAAAAGGGGUCCAAAGGAGAGGAUUAAAGAGGGAAAAAGUGGGGAAAAGUGUGAAUAAUUAAGGCACUUGUAAAGGGUAUUUCAAGUGAUUUCACAAAGUUGGAAAAAGUCGCCAGAGUUGUCGCCGGAGUUGACCAAGUCGCCGGAGUUUCACCGGAGUUCAACCAAGAAGGGUAGAACUUCUUAACGCUAGUUCAAGGUUGAAGCUAGAGCUUGCUACUUGCACCUUCUCACGGGUGAUAUCAAAUCAGGAAGACGUGGUUCGUGCUUCCUUGUUUUCUUUCAAACUACCGAACACUUGCUCAUGGAUAUUUGUUUUACUAUAAACUAUUUUUGGGGCUUGCAUGCCCAUGUUGUUGGCCGGUUGUGGCCCAUGACUUACCGUUGAAUAUUUCCGCUAUUCAUUGGUUUAAAUGUGAUGUUGUUAUGUAUGUUUA